AUGGGGGGUAAAGCUCCUGUCUUAAUCCUAACGGAUCAAGAUCCGGCAAUUAGGAAAGCUGUAAACUUGACUAUGCCUGAGAGUUGCCAUAGGUGGUGCAUAUGGCACAUACUUCAGAAGUUUGGGAGGUAUGUGGGUAAGCAUGAGGACUAUGAAGCUGUAAACGAUGAGUUUGAAAAUAUCAUUUAUGGUAGUUUAGAUGCUGAUGAAUUAGUAGAUCGUUGGGUGGACGCAGUUGAUUAUUACAAACUAGGUGAUAACAGUUGGCUUGAAGAAUAUGCAAAGCCAUGGCACAAUUAUGAGACAGUGAAUGUACCAUUCACAGGAGUCCAGGUGUAUAAGGUAAGGGCCGAGUCAGAAAGAAUUGCGGACUCCAACACACUACGGUACAUCAAGCAUGUAGCUACCGAUUUCCCAGCGGAGGAAGUGUUCCAGAAGUGUUACACAAACGCGAAAUUCAAAGAAGUCCAGCAGGAGUGCAAGAGGAUGUUAUACGUGCGUCGCCUAGAUUACUAUGAAGUUGGUGAGAAUCAAGUUGAUGUUUCUUUUGUUCCUGAGAAGUAUAUCCUACGUCGUUGGAGGAAGGAUAUUCAAAGGAAACACACACGAGUGAAAGUAGCUUACCAUGAUCCACUUAAAACCGAGAAAGCCAGGCAAUAUCACAAAUUGAUGGGGAUGUAUGAACCAAUUUGCUCUAAGGCUUCAGCUUGUAAGGAGGGUGUUGAGGCUGUGGCAAAGUUGUUGCAAUUGAUGGACCUCAGAGCCGAUGAAGUGUUGGCAAUGGUUGCCAAAAAACAGGAACAUGCAGCUAAGGAUAAUGAAAAUGAAGAGAAAAAGGGAAAAGAAAAGGCUGCUAGGGCGAAAAACGCAGCAAAGAAGCAAGCUGCAGCGGCAAAGAACAAUAUGUCAUUGUCAAUGAAUGACUAUGUGCGAUCGAUUGGAAAGAUUCAAAUGAGGGAUGUGGAUGAUUCCUUAGGGUACUUCACUUCUGUUAGGGGAACAAAUUCUGGUGGUUUUUUUGCAAGUGUACUAGGUACUCUUGGUACAUCAGAUUGUUCUUGUAAUCAGGGUGGUAUAUUCUUAGCAUAUGUAGGAUUUGAAGGUGAGAAUAAUACAGAUAAUAUUGUGAACUACUGUGUUUGUGUGGGUUGUUUUGAACUGUGA